AUGAUGCGUUUAAGUCGACAACCCAAUCGCUAUCAUGGCAAACAAUAUAUCCGUAAGCCUAGAUAUCAUUAUCCACAGCCACUAACGUUUUAUCUUGAUAUGGGCCCACUACCUGCCCGAGGAUAUAGACAGACACGUAUUCAACGUUCAAUGAAUUCAAAGUUUCAAGAUGAUAUGCUGAAGUUACAUAAUCGUUAUCGUGUACGCCAUUGUGCACGACCACUUACUCUAAGUCAACGGUUAAGUCAAAUUGCUCAAUCACAUGCUGAAUAUUUAGCAGCGACAUCAAAAUAUGAAUAUAGUGGACAUACUCUUGAAGAUGAACCCUUAGGAGAAAAUCUGUUUGUAGAAUGGGCAAAUGAAGGUCCAGCAAAAGCUUCUGCAAAAGCAAUAGUAAAAUAUUGGUAUGGUGAAAUACCACAGUAUGAUUUUGAUAAUCCAAGAUUUUUACAAGAAACUGCUAAUUUUACACAAAUGGUAUGGAAAUCAUCGAGAAAAUUGGGUGUUGGAGUAGCUUAUUCACCUGAUCGAAGUGAAGUUUAUGUUGUAACAAAUUAUUAUCCAGCUGGAAAUAUUGAAGACCCAGGAUUUUUUGAAGAAAAUGUUUCACCACCAACUUGCUAA